AUGACUCAUUUAGAAAUUGGUGAUCUCAUUGGGUAUGGAGCAGUGAAGCAGGUAUAUCAAACUACCUGGCACAAUACUACAGUAGCUGUAGUCUAUGUUAACAACAGAGAUUAUAUAAAUGAUUUUUUACAUGGAUUAGAAAUGUUGAAGGCACUUGGACCAAACAAAUACAUUGUUCAAUUGAUUGGCUUCUGCCUGAAAGAUAAAGUUUAUUUGAUUGAGUAUCAUCCUUUAGGUAACAGUGUGCAUGUUGAUGAAAUAUUUAUUAAGAAUAAUAUUUAUGACAUAAAGAAAAGGUUUAACCUGUGUGUUGAUUAUGUGAGAAUUCUUGAAUUUUUGCAUAAUAGUCCUGGAGGAAAACGUGUGAUGUGUGAUUCAAAUUCAUUAAACAAGACUCUUGAACAGUACCUAAUAACUUCAUCUCUAAGUCUUAUUUUGAAUGAUGUUGAUGCAUUGCCAGAGGUAGGACAUGAGGGCAUCAUCUGCGGUCACAGAGAACUUCAGGGUAGUUUUAUAGCUCCAGAACAGAAGUGGCCUUAUCCUACACACAGCUACCAGGAGGACAGAAUGCCACCAUAUGAUGAAAAGGUUGACAUCUGGAAAAUUCCUCCUGUUUGUAACUAUUUCCUAGGAAAGAGUGAGGCUGCUAAGGUUUUCAGAUACCACUUACAUCCCAUCCACAGAAAGUGUCGAGAAAAGUACGCUGUACAUCGACCAAGCGCCAGAGAAGUGUUAAAUUUUUAUGAAAAGUUACUACAGGAAUAUUUUGUGGAUAAAUUUACACUUACAAGAGAGGAGCUUUAA